CGCCGCUAGCGCGUUCUAUAUUUAAAAUUCAAAUCAUUCGAAUUUCGAAUGCCAGCUGAUUAUACGUGCAAUAGAAGUGAUUAUACGGGAUUAUAAAAGAAAUAAAACUCAAGUUUAGACAUUGGUAUGUGGUGUGUUAAUUAUAGAGAUAAAAUAAGUCGUCCCUAGCUUUCUUCAAAAUGGAUUGGUGGCAAAGCACAAAAGAAUGGGUAGGCUUAUCCAACAAGCAGCCUAAAAUCGAGGGCAAUAGGAGCCAGUAUUCCUUGGUGUCCUGCGGAGAGCUGACUGCCGAUAUUCUGCCUAUUUGGCUUGAGUUGCCUGAUGAGGUGAAAAAUGACCCUUCGCUAGCCCCGUUUAAGAAGCUGUAUGAAAAAGAACACGGAAAAAUCCCAGAGAUAUCAAAAAACCCGAGACCCACGCGGCUGGCGAACGUACAAUCAGCGCCGCUGCUGCCAGUACAGACCGAUGAGAUUCAGUAUAUAGACGGGUGCACGAAGGCCGAAGCUGUGGAAAAACUGGGCAACCAUGAAGGGAAACCGAUAUUUUUUUUCUUUCAGUUCGGAACACAGACUUCCAGUUUCACGACAAUCACAGAUGUCGCGGGCUCGUCACUACAUUAAGAUGACCAUUCUUCUCGGAUGCUGGGUAUUCUUUACUGCUUGCUUCAUGAUGUAUAAUGAGAAGAAGGAAAACGUCAGCAUAACUGCGGUGGUACCUGGGGAAAUUAAAGAGUUCUCACUGCCAAUAGACAAAGCAGAGUCGAUUCUCCUGAAGCUGACAGGCCCCUUCAUGGCCAAGAAUGAUGAGAGGCGGUUGAACUCCUCCGCGUUACGGGACUACGAGAAACUUGAAGUUUGGCUGGAAG